UGCAGAUAACAGUCGUGUUCAUUGGCUACCACAAUUGUGGGCGUGGCGUAUAGUUGCGCGGGGCGUGGCUAGAAUGUCGCACAGCACGGCUGUGGUGUCCGGACAGUCACUCGCGCUAUGGCCGGCCUGGCUGUCUCUAUAGCCGGCUUGCUGACGUUCCUUUUCCUGCCGGAGGUGUGCGCCUUACAGAACGGCUCUUCCCAGCCCCAGGAGCUGCCGCUGAUCUUGGGCUUUAGGCUGGAGGGCACUGACCGGGAUUCGGAGCUGUCGGAGGCCGGGGAGCUGGAGGUGAGGGAGGGCAGUCGGCUUCAUCUCCGCUUCUAUGGACUGUACAUGCGGCCCGAUAGCGAUCACCUGAUCGCCUUCACCGAGGCAUCCGUAGGCUCCGGGCAGGACAACCAGAGCUGCCUGCACGAAACCCGGGAUCUGGUGCGGGACCCUGCCGGGCUCAAUGUGACUGACGAGGCCGAUGGCACUACGGCCCUGCUCAGUCUGCAGGUCCUGACGCUGCGGAAGAGAGAGAGCUCCCGGCUCUACGUUCUGUGUACCCGCCGGGGCCCCGGCUUGCCUUGGACUUUCCACCCAGGACCGGACGGGCGGCUGCGGGUCUUGGAGGAGCACAAGCCGUUCCUGCCCGUGUGGCUGCAGGGGAUCAUCAUCGUGGUGCUGCUCGCCCUGUCCGGCAUCUUCAGCGGCCUCAACCUGGGGCUGAUGGCUCUGGACCCCAUGGAGCUGCGGGUGGUGCAGCGCUGCGGGUCCGAGCGGGAGAGGAGGUACGCGGCCAAGAUCGAGCCGGUGCGCCGGAAAGGAAACUACCUGCUGUGCUCCCUCCUGCUCGGGAACGUGCUGGUCAACACCACGCUGACCACCCUGCUGGACGAGCUCAUCGGCUCCGGCCUCUGGGCUGUGGCCGCCUCCACCAUGGGCAUCGUGGUGCUGGGAGAGAUCUUACCCCAGUCCCUGUGCUCCCGGCACGGCCUGGCUGUGGGCGCCAACACGCUGUGGCUCACCCGCAUCUUCAUGGUGCUCACCUUCCCGCUGGCCUAUCCGGUCAGCCGCCUGCUGGACUGCGUCCUCGGCCAGGAGAUCGGGACCGUGUACAACCGGGAGAAGCUGCUGGAGAUGCUCAAGGUUACAGAACCCUAUAGCGGCCUGGUCCGGGAAGAGAUGAACAUCAUCCAGGGGGCCCUAGAGCUGCGAACCAAAACGGUGGCGGAUGUGAUGACCAGGGUGGAGGACUGCUUUAUGCUGCGCAACGACGCCAUUUUAGACUUUAACACCAUGUCCAGUAUCAUGGAGAGCGGCUACACCCGUAUCCCGGUGUACGAGAACGAGCUGUCCAACAUUGUGGACAUCCUGUACAUCAAGGACCUGGCCUUUGUGGAUCCUGACGACUGCACCCCCCUGAGCACCAUCACGCGGUUCUACAGUCACCCGGUCCAUUUUGUGUUCAGUGACACCAAGCUGGACGCUGUGCUGGAGGAGUUCAAGAAGGGAAAGUCCCACUUGGCCAUUGUGCAGAAGGUGAACAGUGAAGGAGAAGGAGACCCGUUCUAUGAAGUGAUGGGGCUGGUUACCCUGGAAGAUGUCAUUGAAGAAAUCAUCAAAUCAGAGAUUCUGGAUGAGUCUGAUCUUUAUACUGACAAUCGCAGUAAGAAACGAGUUGGUCGUCGCCAGGACAAGAAAGAUUUUUCAGUUUUCAAAGAUUCAGACCAUGAACUGAGAGUUAAAAUCUCCCCUCAGCUGCUCCUUGCUGCCCACCGGUUCUUGUCCACAGAGGUAUCCUUGUUUGCUCCUUCCUUGGUGUCAGAGAAGACUCUUCUGCGGCUCCUAAAGUAUCCGGAUGUGGUGCAAGAGUUGCAUUUUGAUGACGAUGACAAAAAGUCAACUGAGCAUUACCUGUAUCAGCGCAACAAGAUAGCCGACUACUUUAUCCUGAUCUUACAGGGGAAAGUUGAAGUCGAGGCUGGAAAGGAGAACAUGAAAUUUGAGUCUGGGGCUUUCUCGUACUAUGGCGUCAUGGCCAUGAGUGCUCCAUCAGCCAGUGAGCUCCGCUCCCCAUCUCAUAUGGGCAGUCUGAACAGGUCUACAUCCCUAAGCCACGAACGCUCGGACUCCAUCUCUUCCACCAUCAGCGGCAGUAACACCCAGCUCAGCGUUCAGGUGCAGUACACAGCGGACUUUAGUGUGCGAGCCCUUAGUGACCUGCAGUAUGUGAAGAUCUCCAGGGAACAGUAUCAAGGUGCCCUGUUGUCUUCUCGUAUGGAUAGUAGUCCGCAGUCUCCUGAAGGAGGAAACCACAAACCCGACAGCACCAUGUCAGAACGCAGCGAGGUUAUGGUGGACGAAACUACCAGUCUUCUGAACCAAAGGAACUCUCAGCACAGCUUACAGCAUAAUGCGGUCUGACAGCACAAUAUACACUGACAGAGUGCCGCCGCUCAGCCAGUACGUCAGCCGUAUAGACGAACCAUUUGCGUCAUCUUACUGGACACAACGUGGCAAUACACUGCAUGCAAAGCUUUAUCUUCCAAGGGUCAAAAAAAAAGAAGAGACAGCUGGGAAGCCCGGCGUCUGCGGAGCCGCACUCUUCACGUCUGGCGGGAGAGAGUAUUGCAGGUCCUGCUCACCCGAGCGUAUAAUACUAAAUCUCUCCAGAUCUUCUGCAGGGAAAUAUUAUUAUUAUUAAAAAGCAAAUGUUUCGGAGACUACAGUUUUACUAAAGAGACCACAAGGCUACCAAAGGGGAUCUGGCAGAGGACUGCUCUGCAAUAAUUCGGGAAUAGCUUGCUGCUGGGUUAAGCAUAUCAACUCAGGGAAGGAUUUCUACAUGUGCACUGGAGACCCCUGACUCUAAAUAGGGGAUGGAUGGAUGGAUGGAUUUUCAUUCUGCGAGGGAAAUGGGUGGCAUUCAGUCUUCCUUUUUUUUGUGUGGGCUUAAUACCCACCAGUUGCCCGUUUUUCUGCCACCUGUCCGUUAUCACAGAAAUGGGCAACCGAUGAUCUUGACUUUACGGAGUGGAGCUCCUGCCAAGUAACCUGGGUAGUGGAUUUUAGAAUUCCUCUGACAGGAAGCGGUCGUCUUUCCCAGGACUCCGUAUUAUACAAGGAUAGACCUGCAAUAAUACAGGAAUAAGCAGUCUAACGGUAUUGGUAAAAAAUAAUUGUUCAUGCCACAUGGUCUUGUUCAUACCGUCAGUGUUUUUGGGCAAGCUUUUUUUUUUUAUUAUUAUUAUUAUUUUUUUUUAAAUGCCCGGGAUCUGGGUUAUGCUUACACGGUACAUAAUCUGGCAGUAAAGAAAGCCUUUUUAUUUUUGCCAGUGUUGUAUAAGGGAAUCUGCUUUACUGGCCAAUGUAUAUGAUUUGUUCCUGCGUAUAUUUACAUUGCUGAUGUAAGCAGGGGGGGUAUGGAUGGUGCUCGUACUUGUAGCAGAAACCGUUCAUAUGCGCCUUUUAUAAGUUUACAACAUACCCUCUUACACUGUACCGUAUAGUUCAGUGUUUCCCAACCGGUGUGCCUCCAGCUGUUGCCAAACUUCAACUCCCAGCACUCCCGGACAGCCGUUGGCUGU